UAGACCGCCUUAUUCGUAUCGAUCAGAUUCACAUGCAAUUCCACCUUGUAAAUACCACCACCACUUUCACCGACACAAGACAAUCUUAAAAAGGCAAAAUCCACAGUGCUGAAUUACAUAAACCACUCACUACCCCCAAAUUCAAGAAUCAGAAACAUCGAAAAAUGGAGGACUUCAGAUCUAAGUCAUAUAACAAUUCCAGAACACAAGCUGAAAGCUAUACCUAUACUACUACUGAUGUAGGUUACAGUAACGGUAACGGUAACGGUAACGGUAACGGUAACGGUUACGAACCCAAUUCAAACCCAACUGGAUUUCGAGGAGAUCUACGAUGUUACAGUGCUUCCUAUGCAUCUUCAUCGGUACCGAAUAACAAUACCCAGAUGGAGUUGUCGGCGGCUAAAGAUGUAAAAUUCAAGAAAGGAAAGUCAAGUAAUAAUAAUGGGUCAGUUUCUAAGAGCUGGAGUUUUAGUGACGGAGAGUUGCAAAGGAAAAAAAGGGUGGCUAGUUAUAAGGUAUACACAGUUGAAGGAAAAGUGAAGGGAUCAAUUAAGAAGAGUUUUCGUUGGAUUAAAGAGCGCUGUACCAAAGUUGUAUAUGGCUGGAGGUGAUUAAAAAUCAAAUUUUUAUGAUUCACUUUCUAGUAUGUUAUACAGUGUUCUUUUUCUGGUUAAAACUCAUUUCUGAUAUAUUUUACUACUGGAGUAAUAUAUUAUUGCCUUUGAUGAGUAA